GCUUUUCCUCGUUACAGCUGUUCAGCGAAGAGAACGAACACUGUCACCUCCACAGAGACAACCUGGAGAGGAGCGGAUGAGGGAGGUGUGGGUGUAUUCAUCCUGAGCUUCGUCAGUACAGAUGAGAACUCAUAGAUGGAGUUCAUUCCUUUUAUAAUGGGCUACUGAACGAGGUGAAGGUUGUUUUAUUGUGCCGUCGUUUGCACAUCGCGUAGUUGUGCCUGCAGGCCUGAAGGAAGAACGUUCAGACUGAAGGGGGUACAAAUGAACCCCAAAGGGAUACGAGCUGCCGUGGGAUGUAACUAUUUUACAUCCUUCCAGAAGUUGAACGGGAAUUUUACACAGCCUAGAUGGGAAAAAAACAUUGGUAUGAACAGGAUAUGAUAAAACAGAUUCAAAUGACACAAAGCAGCCUUUACACAAAGCCAAGGACACAUUGAGAACAUGUUAUUGGCAUACAGUAUAUUAUGACUGAAUUCAACAAAAAGACAAAACAAAACAUCUCUGUCCUUCCCAGUUAAUGGGAACUUGUUUAUGGAUCAUCUGUUUCUUUGUUUAGCUAAUUUAUAACAAACCACAUCAGUAGAGCCAAUGUUGUGAAGCAUAUUUUGUCCUUCAGUUUUUCUUUUAAAGAAAAGGUAAAGAUGAAGAAUUACGAGUUCUGCACUGUUGAAUAAAUAAUCUCCUGCAGACUUACAGUAAUUUGCUGCAGGCUUUGCCAUUAAUUAUUGAGCAAUAUUUUUGCUUAUUGAAUCUAUUGUUGAAUAAAUAAAGAAAACACGUAGACAAUCGAGCCAGAUGCUGAAGCCAGGAAUGAGACGCUGCCAUUACUCUGCCAGGUUCUCAGUCUCUCACAAACACGUGCUGUAAAUACCUCAGGUUGAUGCCAGAGCGCUGGAAGGUUACCUGGAAGCCACGCGCUUCUCAGAUCUCAGUAAAGGACACGGAGGAUGGAAGCACCUUCAUGAUGAACAGACUAAUGUGCCAAAGCACAGGUGAGCGCUCCGCUUCAAGCUCACUAUUUGGCCUCAAAGAGGAGCGUCGGGCUGCAUGAUAAGCAAAGCCAUUUCCCCACUCGGCCCUUUCCCACGAGCUGCCGCUGUUAUCUGUGUGUGUGUGUGUGUGUGUGUUAUCACUGGCUGCCACUGUGCCGCGAAUACCAAGAACACAGCACCGCGUUCAGCGCCGACGAGCUGCUGUCUGGCCCCCUCCUCUCCGUCCUACGGCACAGCCACUGUUUAUUUGAGUGCAAUUCAUUUCAGUUCCGUUUAUGUAUAGAGCAUCGAGUCAUCCGCUAACAGGGUGUUAUUACCUCAUUCAUGCAGUCCAGAGGAAAUGCCUCUGAUGAUGAUCGUCUCACUCACCUGUCAGCCUCACGCAACCCAAGUCUACAAAGCAUUUUGAAUAGCCCCAUUUCUUCUGCCACCUCAAUGAUCAGACUAAACUUAAAAAAACUAAACAAAUAAAAGUGGUUCAGAUUUGGUCUGGUAGUAGUCUGUGAUGCUCUAUAUAUGAUUACCUUUAGCUUGCAUUUAAAUAAUCUAAUUAUAUUAUAUUAUAAUAAUAGAUAUAUUAUUAAGUUGACGUUUACGUUCUGUGGAAGGUGCUUUGGUACUUCGAAGUAAAAUGAACGCACAUUGUUUGACAACAUAUUGUAGCCGCCAUGUCAAUCAUUAAAUGCAGGGGUAGGACGUCACACGCCGGGUCACUGUGUGGCGGAGCUCCAGCUCCACCUGGUGGCCACAUUCAGUAGGUGCGUCUGACAGAGCGAAGCGCCUGCUCCGUUGGGCCCGAUUCUGAUCCUCCGCCAAGUUGAGCUACACGUCAGUGGUGAACGUGUACUGGUGAGGGGACGUGUGCAGUCCGCGUCGGGCGGUUCCCGGAUGCGCCGAACAGAACCAUGGAGCGAGUGGUGGCGGAGGUGCCGAUCAACAGCGGUUUUUCCAUUGCCGGCUCCUCCAUGACGCCACGGAAGCGACAGGUGCGUUUUUCUGCGAGGCAUGAUAUCAUCCUUUUGCGCGAGGUCAUCGCUCAGAACCCCUUUGGAACCAAGGAGCCAGGGCGUAUCUGGGCACGUGUGGGCGAGAUUAUCACAGCAGCGCUCCAAGAUGAGAACUUCGAGGUGGACGCCAGGAGGUGUAGGGAGAGGACCAUGCUGCUGCUGGAUUACUACAAGAAGCAAGACUUCCCCAGUUUACGCAGGUUUGGAACCGAGAGGUUGUACGCACAGAAAGAGGAUCUGCUCCACGAGGUUUUGGAGCUGGAGGCCGAGAAAGGGCUCCUGGCCAGCAGCGAAGGAGCCAAGUACCAGUUUAUUUUCAAGGAUGAUGAAAUAAGAAAGCGAACUAUAGAAGAGCUGCCAGCAGAAGACAAACCCAUCGUCUGUAUUUCACAAACACUCACCGCAGGUAAAACUGCUUCAACACAAUGGACAGUUUUAAAACCAGAAGAAGACCGUGAGGAAAUGGCUGAGAUGUCAGCGGCGCCGACAGCCAAGCGGCCCUGCCAGUGCUGCUGCCAGACGUACUCGGAGAUUCUCAGCUUCCUGGAGAAACGCUCGGAGGCAGAGCAACGGCUCCGAGAGGAGGAGCUCUCCCUGCGUCGAGAGGAGCUGGAGAUUCAGAGGAGUAAGAUUGCUUUGGAAAGGGAACGUCUGGGAGCUGAGAGAAAAGAAAAGGAGAGGAGGUUUGAGCUGGAGAGCCAGGAGAGGCAGGUGAUUUUGGACCUGCUGAAGGAAAAGGUGCUAAAAGGCUGAUAAGGACGGCUGUAUAUUAAUGGUUUGCUUCAAAAGGUGAAAUCAUGAACUAUGAAAGAUGUUUUUUUCUGCUAAAAGGAGGAAGGAGAACAAAGAAACAGAAGUGAAAAGAUCAAUGGUUGGUAAUUUUUACAUCCAGCUUGUUGACUCUGUAAAGCAACCAAACAAGCCAGAUUGACAGGACAGUGACAUUUAAACUGCAGGGCAGUAUAACAGGAUACGCAGCUGUCUGGAUGGUAGCUAAUAAAACCAGUAAGUGAUUUGUGAAGCUAGACUGUGUGUCUUAAGCAGAAAGUUGGAUAUAUUUAAAUGCUAUUAUAUUUAUAUUUGCGUAAACAUGCUGCAGUAAGCUGACCUAUACACUGUACAGAAAUCCAAGUAGAUACAUGCUGUGCUUUACUCCUUCAAUGAGGAUUUAAAAAUACCGGUACUGUAGCUACUGCUGUCUCACCCGAUUUAAUGGAAUGUAUUAAAUGGUGUGAGCCAAAAGCCGUCAACAGUAAUCCUGUGUUCCAGAGUGGUGUGUUAUACAAAGUGGAUAACUGCCAGCAGCAGUGCAACUUACCAGUCCUGUUCACUGGGAAAAUAAAUGUAUGAUGCCAGGAUAACACAUCAUAGAGUAGUUAGGGAAAGCUGCCUAAUGCCUGAUUAACACUGUAGCAUCUGUCAACUGUAUUAUGUAAUCGUGUACUUUUUAUAUUGCUAUAAAACAAUCUAUGCAAACAGCCCCAGUCUAAGUUGCUACAUCCAGGAACAUUUGUCUCCUUAAAGGUUAUAUUAGGUGCAAAUGUAUAUAACUGUGAGUGUAUGGGUGUUGUUUGCUGGUUGAUCCACUAGGUCAUACUGUCACAAAUGUACUGUACCGUUUGUAGUGUUAUACACACAAUGACAGAUAACAAAAACAAAUACUUUUCCAGAACAAAUCAAUAAAGUUACAGUGUUGAUACGUAUU